CACCGCUUUUGGCUCUCAUUCACGCGCUUCUCCUCAUUUCCCAGCCAGGUGCUUCACAGGGCGAGAAUCCUCCGAGAAAAAAAGCGCGCAAACAGAUCGCGGAAACUUCGCUUGCCUCGCUGGAUUUUGUGGCGCGCGUGACUGUUCUUCUCUCAGCCGAAUAGUGUCGUUUUGAAGAAGAGAAAUCUUUCAACUUUGCGACAAACACGGAAGAAUUAGUGGAUUUUUCCCCCAUUGACUCCGUUUUCCUACUCCUCCGGCUCUCCAGAAGUGGCAUGAUCCGUGUCUGUCUGCAGGACAGGUGAAUACUAUUUUCUCUUGGUUGGUCGAAGAACUUUUUGUUCUUAUUUUAACAGGGAACCGUAAAAAUGUCAAAGCCGGUAGAUCACAUCAAGAGACCCAUGAACGCCUUCAUGGUCUGGUCAAGAGGCCAGAGGAGGAAAAUGGCUCAAGAGAAUCCCAAAAUGCACAAUUCAGAAAUAAGCAAAAGACUUGGCGCCGAAUGGAAGCUGCUCUCUGAAUCCGAGAAGCGACCAUACAUCGACGAGGCCAAGAGGCUGAGGGCUCAACACAUGAAAGAACACCCAGACUACAAAUACAGACCCAGGCGCAAGCCCAAGAACCUCCUCAAGAAGGACAGGUACGUGUUUCCUCUGCCCUACCUGGGCGACACGGAUCACCUGAAAGGACUUCCGCUCUCAGCCACGGACUCGCUUUUAGGAUCCUCGGAAAAAGCCCGUGCGUUCCUGCCACCCACAUCAGUCCCUUACUCCUUCCUCGACCCGAGCCAGUUUAGCUCCAGCGCUAUCCAGAAGAUGACAGAGAUGCCCCAUACUUUGGCCACCAGCACUUUACCUUACGCAUCAUCUCUGGGAUACCAGAACGGCGCAUUCGGGAGCCUGGGUUGCCCCAGCCAACACACCCACACCCACCCGUCGCCCACAAACCCUGGAUACGUGGUGCCGUGUAACUGCACCGCAUGGUCGGCAUCGAGUUUACAGCCGCCUGUUGCCUACAUACUGUUCCCAGGUAUGACCAAGAGUGGGAUUGACCCGUACUCAGCAGCACAUGCCGCUGCUAUGUGACUUCACCACUAAAAACAGUCUCCUCUUUUGAAAACUUGAAUACAGCAAUGCAUGUACAUAAGAAGAGAGGAAUGAUCAAGACAUUUAUACUGAGGCCGUGUGGACAUGAACUUUUCACCAUCUACGAGAGGUUCCUUGGAUCCCAGCUUGGAUCUUGGAAUAGAUGUAAGGCAGGUGCCCAGAACUGUAAGAAAUGUAAAUGUUCAAACGUUUAUUAUUAUAGCUACCGGAUUUGGAUGACUUUAAUUUUAUUUAUUAUGUACAAUUUGAUGCUAUAGUAAUGCUACUUUUGUUUGAACACUUAAUAUAAUUGUUGUUCUCAUCAUAUUUUUAUUAUUAUUUGAAUGUCUUUGAUUUGCACAACUAACGGUUAGGAUUCAUGUUUCUUGUACAGCCUGUUGUAUUUACCAUUCUUUUUUUGGCACUCUGAAAUUCAAAUGAUACGACUUUAAGGAUUUCAAAGUGAGAAAUUCAGCGUUUAAUAGAUUAUACGGGUCAUACUGUUUAUAAUGAUCAAACCGGCACCUAAAAGUAGACGGUCUAUUUAAAAUAUCAAUUGAAAAAGAAAAAAACCCUUAUCCUUCAAUAUUUUUCAGUUGGACAUUUUUUUUUCUCCUGUGGUUCAGUGAUAGUCACUCGUUCAUUUGAUUUCAGAAAGAACAUAAAGUUUGAAGCGAAGCAGUUCAUGUUGUAUUUUUUAUCUGCGAUGGUAACUUAAAUCCUGUCAUGUUAAUGGAAAGGAAAAUGUAUCUAAAAGGGUGAUACCUCGAUUCUUUGUUCAUUUGCCGAGCAAAGACAUUUUGAAUAAAGACAAUCUGUCUUAAAAAUUCA